AACCAAACCAAAAAAACAAAAAAAACCAAAUCAUAUUUUUAUUUUAUUUUAUUUUGUCAGAAAUCAUAUUUUUAUUUUAUAUAUAUCUAUAUAACUUUUUAGCUAAAGAGACUAAUGACAAAGUUUUUGAUUAAACUUUUUCCGAUAAAAAUCAUUUCCAGAAUUUUCACGCCUCUCUUUUUAUAAAAAAAUAUUUCUGAAUUUUUGUUUAUUUUUUUUUUUUGUCUUUUUAAUUUAAGUUUCUGAUAUUUUUGUUGGUGGGAAGAGUUUAACUCAGUUGAGUUGAGUUGGGUUGGUUUGAUUGGAAGAAAGGGCUCCUUCCUUGGUUUGGUGAAUUUUUUGUUUUCUACACUUUUGAUUUUGACUUUUUUAUUCCGGCCGAUGCCGACGCCGGUUAUUACGGCGAGAGAAUGCUUGACGGAAGAAGCUGCUCGUGCUUUAGACGAUGCCGUUGCCGUGGCUCGUCGUAGGAGCCACGCUCAGACGACGUCGCUUCACGCUGUUUCCGCUCUUUUAGCUAUGCCUUCGUCUAUUCUCCGGGAAGUCUGCGUCUCACGCGCCGCUCGAAACACUCCUUACUCUUCUAGUCUCCAGUUCCGAGCUCUGGAGCUCUGCGUCGGCGUUUCUCUCGAUAGGCUCCCCUCGUCGAAGUCUCCGGCGACGGAAGAAGAUCCUCCGGUUUCCAAUUCGCUCAUGGCGGCGAUCAAACGCUCUCAGGCGAAUCAGAGACGGCACCCGGAGUCUUAUCACCUCCAGCAGAUCCACGCCAGUAACGGCGGCGGAGGAUGUCAGACGACGGUUUUGAAAGUCGAGUUGAAGUAUUUCAUACUGUCGAUCCUCGACGAUCCGAUUGUGAACCGGGUAUUCGGUGAAGCCGGGUUUCGGAGCUCCGAUAUCAAGCUUGAUGUGCUUCACCCUCCGGUAACGCAGUUCUCUUCUCGCUUCUCACGAGGUCGCUGUCCUCCUCUCUUCCUCUGUAAUCUUCCCAACUCGGAUCCGAACCGUCAGCUCCCGUUUACUGGGAGCGGUGGUGUCGAUGAGAAUUCUCGGAGGAUCGGAGAAGUAUUAGGCCGGAAAGAUAAGAAGAACCCUCUCCUUGUUGGUAAUUGUGCUAACGAAGCUCUCAAAACGUUCGUCGAUUCGAUCAAUAAUGGGAAGUUAGGGUUUCUUCCAAUGGAGAUUAGUGGGUUAAGCGUGAUUAGUGUAGAGAAGGAGAUUAGUGAAAUAUUAGCCGAUGGAUCAAGAACUGACGAGGAGAUUCGUGGGAAAAUUGAUGAUUUAGGAAGAAUCGUAGAGCAAAAUAGUGGCUCGAAAUCGGGGAUGGUGCUUAAUCUGGGAGAGUUUAACGUCUUCACUAGUGAAGCUAAUGCUCUUGAGAAUUUGGUGUUGAAGCUCUCGGGUUUGCUGAAAGAUCAAAGUGAAAAACUUUGGUUCCUCGGAUAUGUGUCGAGCAACGAGACUUACACGAAGCUUAUUGAUCGGUUUCCUAAUAUUGAGAAGGAUUGGGACCUUCAUGUUCUUCCAAUCACAGCCUCUAAACCCUCGAGUCAAGGGGUUUAUCCCAAAUCAAGCUUGAUGGGAUCUUUUGUUCCGUUUGGAGGGUUCUUCUCAUCAACAUCAGACUUCAGAGUACCGUUGAGUAGCACAGUUAAUCAGACGAUCUCUAGAUGUCACCUCUGCAACGAGAAGUAUUUGCAAGAAGUAGCCGCUGUUAUCAAGGCUGGUUCAAGUCUCUCUCUGGCUGACCAAUGUUCCGAGAAGUUGCCCUCAUGGCUACGGGCAGCAGAGACCGAGUUAGACAAGGGAACAACGGGCAGCACUAAGGCUUUAGAUGACGCUAAUACAUCAGCCUCGCAAACCGCAGCUCUGCAGAAGAAGUGGGACAAUAUAUGCCAAAGUAUCCAUCAAACUACGGCCUUUCCUAAACUCGGUUUUCAGUCUGUGAGUCCACAGUUCCCAGUUCAGACCGAGAAGAGCGUGCGAAACCCAACGGAGCCAAAUGGUCCCAGUAUGCCCAGCAGAACCCCUUCAAGCUUUUUGGAGACGCCUAAACUGCUGAAUCCUCCAAUCUCAAAGCCAAAACAUAUGGACGAUCCAACGACAUUGGUGAUUAACCGCACAGUGAGUUCGCCUUUGAGCUGUGUUACUACAGAUUUAGGGUUGGGAGUAAUCUAUGCAUCAAAAAGCCAGGAAUCAAAAGCAGCGAGGGAGAAACCGCUACUGAUGACUCUAAGCUCUUCUUUAAAGCAUACAUAUCAGAAAGAUUUUAAGUCUCUCAGAGAAUCACUCUCUCGUAAAGUUGCAUGGCAGAACGAAGCUGUGAAUGCCAUAAGCCAAAUCAUCUGUGGAUGCAAAACUGACUCCACGAGAAGUAACCAAGCAAACGGAAUUUGGCUGGCUCUUCUUGGACCCGAUAAAGUCGGGAAAAAGAAAGUAGCAAUGGCUCUUUCUGAAGUCCUCUUUGGUGGUCAGGUCAAUAGCAUCUGUGUAGAAUUUGGGGCAGAGCAUUGUUCUCCUGAUGACAAAUUCAGAGGUAAAACAGUGGUAGAUUACAUAACCAGUGAGUUAUCAAGGAAACCACACUCUGUUAUUUUACUAGAAAACGUGGAAAAAGCUGAGUUCCCGGAUCAGAUGAGGUUGUCUGAAGCUGUGAGUACUGGGAAACUCCGUGAUUCGCAUGGAAGAGUGAUCAGUAUGGAAAAUGUGAUUGUUGUUGUGACGUCUGGGAUUGCCAAGGAUAAUGAUGCUGAUCAUGUUAUUAAACCUGUGAAAAUUUCUGAGGAACAAGUUCUCAGCGCAAGAAGCUGGAAACUGCAGAUUAAGCUAGCAGAAGCUACUAAAAUUGGGGUAAAUAAGAGAAAACAUGAGCUAGAAACAGAGCAACGUGCAGCGAAAGUGCAACGUUCAUAUCUGGAUCUGAAUCUUCCAGUGGAUGAGACAGAAGUUGACCUCGAUCAUGAGACAGAGGACAGGAACGCUUGGUUCGAUAGCUUCAUUGAACAAGUGGACGGAAAAGUGACGUUCAAACCGGUUGACUUUGAUCCCUUAGCCAAGAACAUUCAAGAGAAGAUCAGUUCUCAUUUUGAGCGGUGGUUUGGAUCCGAAACACAUUUAGAGCUAGAUAAAGAAGUGAUCAUUCAGAUUCUGGCGGCUUCUUGGUCAUCAGUAUCAUCGGGUGAAGAAGAGAACACAGUUGAUCAGUGGAUGCUAACCGUUCUUUCUCCGAGCUUUGCUGAAGCAAGACAGAAGUACGGUUCGAAUCCAAUGUUGGCCGUGAAGCUGGUUGCUACUUCUUCUAGCGGUUUAGAUUCCGGAGUAGAGUUGCCGGCCAAGGUGGAUGUGAUGUGAUUACACACAUAUAUAUAAAUGAGGUAAUAAAUAGUUAUAAUCCCCAAGAUUGUUUUUGUCAUGGAAAUUUAUUUUUGGCUUGUGUAAAUUACAAUGUAUAAUGGCUAAGAGCUAUCACGUACAUAGGUUUGUGUAGGAGUACCAAUUUGCCACAGCUCUUUUUGGCAUUUUGAGUUUAGGAUAUAUUUCUCCCAAAUUUUUUUGUCCUAUUCCCAACUUCCAAAUUCAGAUGUAUUAAACCAUCUUCUCCUGUAA